AUGGUUAUUCCUACAGCUGGCAAACGGUAGAAACUUAUCUCGAAAAGAGAUUUUGAAGCUUUUUUCACUGUAGGUAUCAGCACAACGAGCCUUCGAGAGUAAAAGAACUUCCUCCCGAGGAGCGAGGACGGUACAAGGUGGCCACCAUACCAAAUGCCAUCUGUGCUGCCAGGUAAUUCAAAUAAAACUGUUCAACGGACUUAUCGCGGAGUUUUUGAAUUUUUUUAGUCAGAAAAUUGAUUCUUUCGGUGAAAUAAGCUAAUACAAGCCGUUACACGUUUUGAUUACAAAAAGUUACGAUUUUGAAGCAUUUUCUCUCCUUCAGAAUCGCGGCCACUCCACUAAUCGGUUACCUGGUCGUCCAGCACCAUUUCACGCCCGCUUUCGCACUUUUCACCGUCGCCGGAGCCACAGAUCUUCUGGACGGUUGGAUAGCUCGGAAUGUGCCCGGCCAGAAAUCGCUGCUCGGGUCGGUUCUGGAUCCGGUCGCCGAUAAACUGCUCAUUUCGACCAUGUUCGUCACUAUGACGCAUGCUGGUCUCAUUCCACGUAAGCACUCGUUUCCAGAACAUUUUAUUAACAAAAAUGAUUUUCAGUUCCCCUCACCUCGAUCGUCAUUCUUCGUGACGUGUGUCUCAUUACGGGAGGUUUCUACAAACGCUAUCAGAGCAUGGACCCGCCGUACUCGCUCAAUCGAUUCUUUAAUCCCCAGGUCUCAUCGAUGCAAGUGGUGCCGACGAUGAUGAGCAAGGUGAUUGACAGAAAACUUUCAAGAAUCUUCGAGAAAGUUUUAUAUAAACUCUUCGUUUGCUUCCAGAUCAACACUGUGUUGCAACUGUCGCUCGUCGCCCUCUCACUCGCCUCGCCCGUCUUUGAAUUCUCCGCGGGCGCCCAGGACGCCGUGUUCGGCCUCGGAUGCGCCACCGCCUUCACCACCGUCUACUCGGGCCUACAGUACGCUAGCGGAAAGGCCAUCAAAAAGAUCCCCUAG